CAGCUUCGAGUCGGUAAGAUCUGAUUUCUAGACCCAGCUCUGUUGGACGAGUUGUGAACAAAAAAUUAUACACUAUCAUUCACCCUUUCGGUGCUUUAUUUCCUAAGGCAUGGGAUGGGAACAAUGAGUAUCCGUCCAACCUACUUCACCAGCUUGUGAAAAACUAGAGUGAGAGAACACAUCUGAAAGCACUGGGUAAUGAUGAGGCAGGUUAUACUGAAACAUGCACUGCCAGAGUUUGAACCAAGUUCUGCUGAAGACAUGUGUGACCGCGGUCAGUCAUAUAAAUAUGAACGGUUCCCCAACUUGUAAAACGUAUUCUUUUCAUGUCCGCCAACUGGUAGGAGCGAGGAGUGUCGGGGCGUUAUUGGAGCCGUUUCUCAGCGCUCCACAGUGCACACCAAGAGGGCAGGUGUCCUUGCACUCGGUUUCUAAACUCUGGCUCUGGGCUUCUCUAGCCUCGCUCUCUUAUUUACAGAUGAAGAAGGCUCAGAGACCGAGUGACUUGUCCACGGUCACACAAGGAGUACUGUUACAGAAUCGAUUCCAGGGCCACCGGGUCUGGGAGGCAUUUGGCGCGGUGGCUGUUGGAUGAGCAGCCAGCAAUGGCGGCUCUGCAACGUCGGCACCGCAAAGCAAAGCCGAGGCUCAUCACCUAGCGGCCGGUUCAGGCACUACAAGAAAAGUGCCGUGAUAAAAGACUCUGGGUGCUGCGGCAGACGGGAGCCAAUACGCGCUAAGUUCGCUUUGCUAAUUUCUUUUUUCUAUUGGUCCUUCCAACUGUCAAUCAAUUAUUUGCCUGUCUCUUAUUGGCUGGCCGUCAAUCAUUUUACUCAGUCUACCAAUCACACGCUCCUUGCCAAGUGCUUUUUUUUUCGUCCUGACGUCUCUUUCUGAGUCUGACGAAUUUAGCCAGUUCCUUUAUUCCAUUGGCCAGAUCAGACUCCUCCUCUCGUUUAUCCUGUUGGGGGCGGAAGUGAGAAAGCCCUUAUUCGUAUUGGCUUAGAUUUGCAAGGGGCAGUUGUCUAUCAAAUCUAUCAAGACGCCCUUAGCGCUCAGGAAGUACGAAACCGGAAGGGGUGGGCUUUGCGAAGAUGGCGGCUCUGGGGGUGCUGGAGUCAGACCUGCCAAGUGCCGUGACACUUCUGAAAAAUCUCCAGGAGCAAGUGAUGGCUGUAACUGCACAAGUGAAAUCACUGACACAAAAAGUUCAAGCUGGUGCCUAUCCUACAGAAAAGGGUCUCAGCUUCUUGGAAGUGAAAGACCAGCUGCUGCUCAUGUACCUUAUGGAUUUGACCCACCUCAUUCUGGACAAAGCCUCAGGAGGAUCUCUUCAGGGACAUGAUGCAGUUUUGAGACUGGUGGAGAUUCGCACGGUUUUGGAAAAGCUUCGUCCCUUGGACCAAAAGCUGAAGUAUCAAAUUGACAAGCUGAUCAAGACUGCAGUGACAGGCAGCCUUAGUGAGAAUGACCCACUUCGUUUUAAGCCUCAUCCCAGCAAUAUGAUGAGCAAGUUGAGCUCUGAGGAUGAGGAGGAAGAUGAAGCAGAAGAUGGCCAGUCUGAGGCUUCAGGGAAGAAAUCUGUGAAGGGAGUGUCUAAGAAAUAUGUUCCUCCACGCUUGGUUCCAGUACAUUAUGAUGAAACAGAAGCUGAGCGGGAGAAGAAGCGUCUAGAACGAGCCAAGAGACGGGCAUUGAGCAGCUCUGUCAUUCGUGAACUUAAGGAGCAGUACUCAGAUGCUCCAGAGGAAAUCCGUGAUGCUCGGCAUCCCCAUGUUACCCGCCAGAGUCAGGAGGACCAACACAGGAUUAACUAUGAGGAGAGCAUGAUGGUGCGUUUGAGCGUCAGUAAGCGAGAGAAAGGACGACGAAAACGAGCAAAUGUCAUGAGCUCACAACUUCAUUCCCUUACACACUUCAGUGACAUCAGUGCUUUGACAGGGGGAACUGCUCAUCUUGAUGAGGAUCAGAAUCCUAUUAAGAAGCGGAAGAAGAUACCUCAGAAAGGUCGGAAGAAAAAAGGUUUUCGGAGGCGGCGGUGAUUAUGGGUGUACAUAUUUGUAUAUUUUUUGUCAUCCUGAGAUACUUCUAAUUUCAUUGUAUAUAGGUGGUUUUCCCUGGAAUUCAUUAAUUGUUUGCUUUGGACAUGUGGAAAGAGCCUUACUAAUAAAAUUGAUUUUACUUAUGAAUUAAA